CGGAGAGAGAGCUCUUGACCCCGUCUCACAUUGCAACCUUUUUGACUAGUCCCAAUCAAGAUGGCGGUUAUUCCCACCACCGAUACGAUCGGCAAGACGUCACCAGCAACAACUUCGACGCGACGCGUUGCGCAGUUGACGGAGCAUCUUGCACCUGUGAGCGAGACAGAGCAGGUCAACUCAAGACCGACGUUGCCAAUCGACUACCCCAUCUCGAGACUGCAACUGGACGCGAACCACCACAUUGACGACAUCCGGCCUCUGAAGGUCGCGGUCAUUGGAGCUGGCUUGGCCGGCAUCAAUGCUGGAAUUCUAUUACCAGCAAAGGUGCCUGGGAUUCAGUUGACGAUAUUUGAGAAAAACAACGACGUGAGCGGAACGUGGCUGGAGAAUCAGUAUCCCGGAGUUCGAUGCGACAUACCAGCCCAUGUUUAUCAGAGCACAUUUGCUCCCAACACUCAAUGGUCCGAGAUUUUCGCCAAAGGUGCGGAGAUCCGCGACUACUGGCAACAAACAGCCAAAAAACAUGAUGUCUACAAAUAUGUCAAGUUAAGACAUCGUGUCGACGAUGCAUCAUGGGAUGACGCGAGGUCGAAGUGGAGUCUGAAGGUCUAUAAUUUGAUCGACGACUCUUCAAGCCAAGAAGACUUCGAUUUCAUUAUCACUGCAAUUGGACGGUUCAAUGCCUGGAAGCUGCCGGAUUACCCAGGUCUUGAUGAUUACAAAGGGCAUCUACGUCACACUUCGAAUUGGGAUCCUUCCUUUGACCCAACAGGGAAGAAGGUCGCAGUCAUCGGCAAUGGAGCUAGCGGACUGCAAAUUGUACCGCAUCUACAGCGUGUCGUUGAACACGUCACACAUUUCGUAAGAAAUCCAACAUGGAUAGCAACAAGUUGGGCUGGUGAUGAAAGGACUUUUGAGCCUCAACCGUAUCCAGCGGAUCAACUGGAAUCGUUCCAAGAUCCUGAGUCGUAUCUCAAGUUCCGCAAAGAUAUUGAGGAGAGGUACUGGCGACGUUUCCGAGCUAUGGUGCGAGGGUCUGAAGAGAAUGAAGGUAUCCGAGAGACGUUUAUCGAGGUAAUGAAAGCACGAGCGGCGAAGAAGCCCGAGCUCCUCGAUGGUCUGAUUCCAGACUUCGCACCACACUGCCGAAGGCUGACCCCUGGCCCUGGUUACCUUGAAUCCCUCACUGAAGAGAAUGCCGAACUUGUCAAAGCACCCAUCAAGCGAUUCACAGCCACUGGUAUUGAGACGGUUGAUGGCAAGAAGUAUGAGUUUGAUGCUAUCUUCUGUGCUACGGGAGCAAACACCGAUCUCGUCCCACCAUUCCCGAUCAAAGCGCGUGGUCUCGAUUUGAGCAAGGCCUGGAAGCCCGAUGGCGAGUUUGGAUUCCCUUACACGUACUUGGGCACUGCCACGCCCGGCUUCCCGAAUCUGUUCUUCCUAGCAGGGCCACAUGCCACAGGCCCCUCAGGGACGGUGCCGCAAGCCGUAGAGACAGCGCUCACCUUUUUUGCGAAGGUAUUACGAAAGGUGUCCUCACAAGGCAUCAAGUCGAUCGCUCCAUCUAAGGAGGCUGCAGAUGACUUCGUCGAUUACUGCGAUGCUUUCUUCCCAAGCACAGUCUUGACCGAUAACUGUUCGUCUUGGAACAAUGGAGGCCUUCCUGGACAGAGAAUUCAUGGCUUGUGGCCUGGAUCUGCUGCUGGACUCACACUUGUCAGGCGAGAUCCUCGCUGGGAAGACUGGGUGUACGAGCGCUCCAACAAGCAGAAUCGGUUUGCAUACUUUGGCAACGGAUACACUAGAAGAGAGACCGACGAGACUGCCGACUUGACUUCAUAUCUGAGAGCGCCAGGUAAAGAGCUUGACUUGAAGGAUGUUCACGAGAGCUGGUGGGAUUUGCCAGGUUCGACGAAGAAGUCGACGUAAGGGCCUUAUUCCAAACAAUGAAUUGAAUUAUUUUGAACACUGUAUCUAUUCAUCUACG